AUGGAAGCCUUCCAAGCGGCCAAGCUGCCGGAGAUCUCCUCUGAGUGCCCCGUUUUCAAGGCCGUCGGGGUGUGCGCUGCGGGCCUGAACUGCCGCUUCGCCAGCGGGCAUACCGCAGACGGCAAGAACGUCGACAAGGAUGGACAGGUCCUGUCGAAGGGCUGCGAGUGGCACCAGAAGAUCCCACACAUUGGGAUGGUUCCCAGAGAGCUAAACAUCUUCAGCGAGGAGAUUCGCUUGGGCCUCCGAAAGAGGACCUACGAUUUUAGCCGGGCCACCGACUUGGCGAAAGCCUGGGCCCGCUGGCACUCCCAGCGCCCGAAGGACGCCGCAGACACGGACGAAGCCUACACAGCUGCACCUGAUUCUGCUCACUUUGUGGGUCCCGUGGUGGAGGCCGAGCGGAAGCGCGUCGACCUGGCAGGGAAGAGCUAUCUGGCGCCUCUGACAACGGUAGGCAACCUUCCCUUUCGGCGCCUGUGCGUCGGUCUUGGCUGCGACGUGACGGUCGGGGAGAUGGCGUUGGCACAUUCGGUCGUGGAGGGCUAUCAGAGUGAGCUGGCGCUUCUCCGCCGGCACGAGUCGGAGAAGUGCUUCGGCGUACAGGUGGCUGGGGGCGAUGUGGAGAUGAUGACCAAGUGCGCGCAGUUUAUCGAUGAAAAUGUUGACUGCGACUUUGUGGACAUCAACUGCGGUUGCCCGCUGGAUGAGGUCCACCGCAGAGGCGCUGGCUCCCGCUUGAUGGCCAAGGCUGCGCAUUUGGAGGGCAUCGUUCGCUGUAUGUCUGGCGCGUUGAAGACCAAGGCGCUGACGCUGAAGUUCCGGACUGCGCACAUGGAGGAUGGCAAGAACAAGGACUUCAAUGGGCGCUAUGCCCACAACCUUGUGCCGAAAUUGGAGAGCUGGGGAGUGAGUGCCCUUGUCCUUCAUGGACGAACAGCCCGGCAGAGGUACACUAAGCUGGCCGACUGGGACUACAUCAGAGAGUGUGGUGGGAGGAGGCAGCGCAAAACCCCGUUCAUCGGCUGUGGCGAUGCGAUGAACUGGGAGGAAGUAGAGGAGCACUGCCAGACACAUGGCGUCGACGCUGUCAUGGUCGGCCGGGGCGCCUUGAUCAAGCCUUGGCUUUUCACGGAGAUUAAGGAGAAAAGGCAUUGGGACAUCUCUGCCUCAGAGAGGCUCGACUUGAUCCGGAAUUUCACGAAUUACGGCCUGGAGCACUGGGGCGCCGACGCACGCGGGGUGGAGACGACGCGGCGCUUCCUGUUGGAGUGGCUGUCCUUCACCUGCCGCUACGUCCCCAUAGGACUCCUGGAGGUGCAGCAGGCUAAGAUCAACUGGCGCCCCCGACCCUACGUCGGGCGCAGCGAUCUGGAGACGAAGAUGGCCUCGACCAACUCGAAGGAAUCCCUAGGGUUAUAG